CGAGAGAUUCAUAUUAUAUAUUCUCCGAUUUUUCUCAGCAAACCCACAUAAAAAAAACGAUCUUUUUUCUUUCAUCGGUAAUCAAAAUCUUAUCUUUUUGCCGUUUCGUCGAACUAUGCCGAACAAUGCGACGGAAAAGGCUCCGGAGAAGUCGAAGUUUUCCCGGAGAUGUAAUCUGCUGAGUCGGUACUUGAAGCAGAAUGGAAGCUUCGGAGGCAUAGAUCUCGGGUUGACCCGAAAACCCGAUUCCGGUCUCGGGAUCGCCGGAAAACCCAAUCCCGCUGGUCAACAGAAAUCGUCUGAGUUUAAACCCAUCGAUUUCAUGCAGAAGGGUCGCCGUCCCUUACGCUCUGCCUCCUAUGGAUCCGAAGCUAAAGAUGCCGACUUCAGUGAACCGGCAAGUGUACCGGAGCCGGGAACUUCCCAACUGACCAUAUUCUUCUCCGGAAAAGUUAUAGUUUUCAACGAUUUUCCGGCGGACAAGGCCAAGGAGAUAAUGGAGAUUGUGAAACCGGAAACGUUUUCAACCGUCGUGCUUAAUUCAGAUUCCAUGGCUGAUGAGAUCUGUUCUAGGAAUCACCUCAAAGCAAACGGCGACAAGAACAACAGUAGCAUCGUCGACAUCAUUACCAUUACCAGCAGCGACAACAGCAGCGAAAACAGUCUGGUUAUUCCUGAUCUGAACGAGCCUACGUGUUUGGAAAACGACAGUGAUCAUCAGACAAGACAGCAGAACCAGCUCAUGGAUCGAAUAGCGAGGAGAGCCUCGCUCCACCGAUUUUUCGCUAAACGCAAAGACAGGGCAGCAGCUCGAGCUCCAUACCAAGUGAACCAAAACACGGGUCAUCCUCCGAAGCCAGAGGUCGCGAGUUCAUCAUCCGUAGGGCUAGGCCAAUCAUGGGAUAAGCGUAUAACCUCGUCGCAGCUCCUCUUCUUAAACCAAAGGGGCAUCUGUGGAGAAAGAGGAGGAUCUUGAUCUGAGGCUGUAGAACGAUACACUUUAGUUUUUACUUUGUGACAUUGAAGCUUCUUAAGAGGUUAUUUGUGUUGUAUUAGAUUAGUUUAGAUUAGACCCAUCAUGAUUAUAAUGUACUUACAUAUAUAUUAUUUUCUUAGAAUGGUACAAUUUAGCCGGUUGUCAGUUAAUGGGAACCCAUCAUGGGGUGUGUUUUGCACAUUAGUAAAGAUUUUGGGUGGUUUUGUAAAUUUA